AUGGCCUUCAAGAAUGGGCUUAGUGAACGCCUCGAUGAGCUGCGCUUCCCGUCCCCGCGAUCUCCUCCCUCCGAGUCCACGUUCCCUGGCUAUAGCUCGCUCUCUCCGGGCCAUACCAAUUUCGUUUCGGCCUUCCCGCGGCCGUCAGGCGAUGUGCGCGCCAACCUUCAACGACGAUUCACCACAGACUCGAGUAAGCUCUCUUCGUGGAGCUACUUGAACCAAGUGGGCGGUUCUUCUCAAGCUGCCGAUCCAUUAGAUUUGCUCUCAUCGUUCGAAAAGAAACGUCAGCAUAUAGAGUAUAUGCGGGAGCAGAGGAGAAGGUUCGAAGAAGACAUGAAGCUCCUGGACAUGCAGCAUGAGAAAGAGAAGCAAGAGAUGGAUCAGCUGGCCAGGGACUUGGCCAAAGCUGGGCUGUCGGGACCAGUCAGCGAGCCCACCACUCCCCCGGAGUACCGUGAAAAUGGCUUCGCUGGUGCAUUCACUCGCCCAACUCGCUUCUCUACCUCUAGCGUGACCUCCUCUCCCGGCUUCUUCAACGUCUUCGCACCUUCUCAAGUUACAUCUCCGCCAAGUCAAACAACACACAGCUCUGCUCAGACACCUACCAAUCGUUUUUCUGUUCAUUCGGUUCCUGGAUCUCGUAGAAAUUCCGAAAAGGAGGAUUUUGGUCAAGAAACUGCUUCUCCCUUCCGUCCUGGACCUUCAAUCCACCGCUAUUCAAUGCCCUCCACUGGUCUAGGAUCACAGAUUCGUCCUAAUAUUGCUGCGUUCAGCAACACCUCAGGCCUGGACUCCUUCUCUGCUGCGAAGUACUUGUUCCACAACGAGGACGACAGAGCCACUGUGACAGAGGAGGAUCGAAUCCCUACCCCUGACAUCAAGAGUUACCUCAAACUGACAGAUCCCGACGACAAGUUUCCUACCCUGUCACGCAGGAACGAUUCUGGCUUGCUGUCUGCAAACUCGGACGCGUUGGAUCUAGCAAAUUCUCGGACUCCUAACCCAGAGAUGUGGAACACACACAGCCGCCAUCGCUCCUCCCACCAGAGCAUGCCGCAGAACGCUCUAAACAUGUUCCGUCUUGAUCAGCUCGGAAACUCUACCAGCGAGAGCCACACUCAAGCGUCCAAUCCUACUCGUCACAUUGCGAGACACUCCCUGGAAGCAAACCUAUUCCACAGCCAGGAGGGAGGCCACGGAAAUAUGGGUCCAGCUGUCUCAAGUCGUCCAACUUCGCUUCAGACGUCUUACUCUACGAACGACGUUCCCACUGUCAAGGGUGACGGAUUCAACCCUGCAAUUACACCCCCCAAGGCGCAUGCCGAGAGUUUCCAGCAACACACCACCAAUCUGGGCAGGAUUCCAACCAAUUCUAUUGGCACUCAGCAGAAGGAAGCCGCGCCACAUGAUGAGUCCAAGCCUCAGAACUCCCUGAAUCAGCAGACGACCUUGCAGGCUAGUGCUCCUCCUUUUGGACCACAGCUUCCUACUGCCGCCGUAAACCAUAAUACGGUUACUCCGACUGCGAUGACUGCGUUCCCAGCGCCUUUCUAUGGCUAUGGAAUCCAAGCAUACAUGGGAAACCCCGUCCAGGUUAACGGUCAACUCCAGAACUUCAACCCCGCCGCCCCCUACGGUGCUUAUCCUCCUUACGGUAACUAUCGACUGGCAGAAGGUCAAGCCAAAGGCGUUGCUGCUCGCAGAAGCGGUGACGCAGACUCUAACCAACUGUCUCGCUUCACCAAUUUUCCGCUGGAACAUUAUCGGGGCGAGCUGUACACCCUUUGCAAAGAUCAGCAUGGCUGUAGGUAUCUGCAGAGAAAGCUGGAGGAACGUAACGCUGAACACGUUCAACUCAUAUUCGACGAAACUCAUAUGCACGUUGUUGAGCUAAUGACUGAUCCCUUCGGCAACUACCUGUGCCAGAAACUGCUCGAGUACUCUAAUGACGAGCAGCGGACCGCUCUAAUUAAUAACGCUGCCCACCAACUUAUCCAGACGGUCAUCCAGGCUCUACGUGAUCAUGUUGUGGAGCUGGUUCAGGACCUGAAUGGCAACCAUGUCAUCCAGAAAUGCCUGAACCGUCUUUCUGCGGAAGACGCGCAGUUCAUCUACGAUGCCGUUGGCGGCAAUUGUGUGGUUGUCGGCACCCAUCGCCACGGAUGCUGUGUCCUGCAGCGCUGCAUUGACCAUGCCUCUGGCGAGCAGAGGGCUCGUUUGAUCGCUCAAAUUACGGCCAAUGCUUUUGCAUUGGUCCAGGAUCCAUUUGGUAACUACGUCGUGCAAUACAUUUUGGAUCUUGCGGAGCCUCAUUUCACGGAGCCUCUCUGCCAAGCUUUCCGUGGCAACAUCCCAGCUCUGUCGAAGCAAAAAUUCAGCUCCAAUGUGAUCGAGAAGUGCCUUCGUACCGCUGAGUUCCCGAUGAGACGCCAGAUGAUCGAUGAAAUGCUGGCAGGAGCUGAGCUUGAGAAGAUGCUUCGCGACUCCUUCGCCAAUUACGUCGUCCAGACUGCUAUGGACUUCGCAGAUCCGGAAACCAGAGCUCGUAUUGUCGACGCUAUUCGCCCAAUCCUGCCUUCCAUCCGGCAGACUCCUCAUGGCCGCCGCAUUGCCGGUAAAAUGAUGGCAUCCGAAGGCUCUAGUAGGGGAAGCGCCGCGACAAGCGGACAGGUCACCCCGAACGAAAUGAAUUCUGCCCAGCUUCCGGGUCCCUUGCAAGGCCCUCAGAAGCCGUUCUUGUAUCAACACAACUCAUUCCCUGCUCCCACUGUCGGAUCCCAUUUUGGAAGUCAGAAUUUCAUGCCCGCUGCUGGCUCCGGCUCUGUUUCCAACACCACAUCCGGCGGUGCCAGCGAAAACUCUUCCGGCAUUUAUGCCCCUGCUGCUCAGCAGCCGAACGGCAAUCUCGGGGCUCAGAGCCAGCUGUACGCUUACUUCUAA